AUGAAGUUCGGGAGAAGAUACGGUAGGCAAUUGGGAGGGAGGAUGGCUCAACUCCACUUACCAAACGGCAGCGUUUGGAACGUUGGCAUAUCGAGUGGCAGAGGAACAAGGAUUCACGACAUCUGGCUCGACCAAGGUUGGGCAAGUUUCAUGGAUAACUACUCUCUCUUGCUGCACUAUUUCCUCACCUUCAAAUACGUUGAGGAGUCCAUCUUCCAAGUCCGGAUAUACGACUUGACAACCUGUGAGAUCUCCUACCCGCCAAUUCAUGAUCCAACCGGCAACCACAACAAUGAAAAGGCUGAAGAUGGCCACAAAUCAUCUGUCGUUUACCUCGGCUCGACAAAACCAGAAAAUGAUGAUGAUGAUGAUGAGGCUCUAGAUUCGAUUAUACAAAAGAACCAAAAAAAAAAUAAAGUGAAUUUAUUAGGGAUAUUUUAG